GCAAACGGCCGAUUAGAUCGGUUGUGACUAUGAAAAGUAAAUGUGACGGCGGUCCUUGGGAGCACAACGGACAGACCACCAAACACAAACUCAAACCUAUCGGGAUUGAAACAAGAAGAAGAUCCGAAAGAGAGUCAAUCGUAUCAAUCAACAAUGGCGGAGGAUUUGAUGUUGGAUACAGCGAUCAGAGACUGGGUUCUCAUACCAUUAUCUAUUGUCAUGGUUCUAAUCGGUGUCCUCCGUUACUUUGUUUCCAAGCUCAUGCGUACUUCUCAAUUGCCAGAUUCCAAGAUCAUCAAAGAAGGGCAGCUUAUAAUUAGGGCUAGAAAUCUACGGGCGGCUGCUAAUUUCAUACCUCCAAAGGCAUUUCGUGCUCGGAAAGUUUACUACACUAAUGAGGAAAAUGGUCUACUUUAUGUUCCCAAAGGUCAGGGACAGAAUCCUCAGGCACAAAUGUUCUCUGAUCCAAACAUGGCUAUGGAUAUGAUGAAGAAAAAUCUUUCAAUGAUAGUCCCACAGACCCUUACUUUUGCAUGGGUUAACUUCUUCUUCUCUGGAUUUGUAGCAGCAAAGAUACCUUUUCCUCUGACUCAGAGGUUUAGAUCAAUGUUACAGAAUGGGAUUGACUUGAGUACCGUUGAUGUUAGCUAUGUUAGCGGUCGCUCAUGGUACUUCCUUAAUCUUUUUGGAUUGAGAGGUUUGUUUAGUCUCAUUCUGGGAGAAGAAAAUGCCACGGAUGACACACAGAGAAUGAUGCAAAUGAGUGGAUUUGGCUUUGAUCCCUCCAAGAGUUUGGGUGCAGAGAAAGAUGGUCUGGACAUAGUCCAACAUGACUGGGUGCUACCGAAAUUUGAACAGCGAGCUGAAGCUGUUCUGAGAAAACGUCUUAGCUAAAUGAUCAUGUAUCCAAUCAUGCGCGCUUUACCCACUCAGUGUGCUUAUUUCUUAAAGAAACUGAGUUAUGACAACUGUUGUGUUAGAACUAUUUUUUUAUUAACAAGGAUAUCCAACCGGGUAUGCGAACUGACUGUUGUGUUAACUAUUGGUACCUUUGUGGAUGUAACAUAUGAUUUUGGGGAUAUUCCGUUGUUUUAUUAUCAAA